AUGAAGAGCUGGUCCCAGAUCAAGCACGGGGUGGCCACGUCCUUCCGGACGGACCCCAACGUGAGCCGGGCCAGGAGCUGGGCCGGCCGGGUGUCGAGGAGACUGCCCUCCGCGACGGCAGAGUAUCUUGCCGAGAAGCUCCCCGUCGUUCAGUGGCUUCCGCACUACAACCCGCAGUGGCUCCUCGGGGACUUGAUCGCCGGCGUCACGGUGGGCGUGAUGCUGAUCCCCCAGGGCCUCGCGUACGCCAAAAUCGCCACGGUGCCCAUCGAGAACGGGCUGUACGCCAGUUGGCUCCCGCCCCUGCUGUACUUCUUCCUCGGCACCUCGCGGGAGUUGUCUGCCGGGCCGACGUCGGUCCUCGGCCUGCUGACGGCGGAGGCCGUGGACGACCUCUCCAGGCAGGGCUACAGACCGGCCGCCGUGUCCGCCGCCAUGGCCUUCGUGGUCGGCGCGUACGCCCUGGCCAUGGGCCUGCUGAAGCUCGGCUUCCUCUUGGACUUUGUCUCGGCCCCCGUGCUCACGGGAUGGAUCUCGGCCGUCGCCAUCGUCAUCGCGCUCGACCAGGUCGGCUCCCUGGUCGGGCUGGACCUCCCCCCCGACGUGGCCGGGGCGGUCCACGACCUCUUCGCCCGCGUCCGCGGCAUGAAGCCGCCCACCCUCGCCAUGGGCCUGACGGGCGUCGCUUUCCUGCUGACGAUGGAGCGGGCCGGCAAGAGGUACGGCGGAAACAAGUACGUCAGGUUCGCGUGCACGAGCAGGGCCGUGCUCCUCCUCAUCGUGCACACCCUCAUCAGCUACCUCUGCAACCGCGGCCGCGGGGAGAAGCUGCUCUGGGCCGUCACCGAGGUGGACACACACGGCUUGCCGGACCCCCGUCCGCACGACCCGGCCCUGCUGAAAGCGGUGUCGGCGCGGGCGUUCGCCCCGCUGGUCGCCAUGUCGGUCGAGCACCUGGGCGUCGGCAAGGCUUUCGCCCUGAGGGGAGGCUACACCGUCGACAAGAGCCAGGAGCUGGUGUUCCUCGGGGUCAACAACAUGGUCAACAGCCUGUUCGGGGCCCAGACCACCGGGGGAGCCAUGAGCCGCACCGCCGUCAACUCCGACUGCGACGUCCGCAGCCCCGUCAACUUCCUCUUCACCGGCGGCCUCAUCGUCCUGACGCUCUUUGAGCUCGCGCCCGCCCUGUACUGGAUCCCAAAGGCGACGCUGGCCGCCAUCAUUAUCAUGGCCGUGGCCCGUCUGGUCGCGCGGCCCAGCCAGUUCUACCGGUUCUGGAGGAUGUCCUUUGUCGACUUUGUCGGCUCCCAGCUCGGGCUUUGGGUCACGCUCUUCACGUCGACCGAGGUCGGGCUCGCCACCGCCGUCGGCUUCAGCAUCGUGUACACCUUGCUGCGCCUCGCGUUCCCGCGCUGGGUCGGCCUCUCGCGCCGCGAGACCGAGACGGGGACCGAGCCGGGGACCGAGACCGACGACGGCCACACGUCCCCGUGCCUGCUGCCCGCGGCUGCGGAGCCGUGCGGCGUGGACGUGCCGGCGGGGGCGUACCUCGUGCGGUACACCGGCGACAUCGUCUUCCCCAACGCCGAGCGCGUCAAGGCCGCCAUUAUCCAGGCGGUCAAGGUGCGCUCGGACCCUGCUUCCGCCCCCGACGCCGGUCCCCCGGGCGCGGGCGGGAGCCGGCCGACGUGGAACCCCGCGGGCAGGAAGCAAAUCGUCAGGAUCCGCAAGAGAAGGGGCAUCACGGCGUUCGGCGGGGACGAGACGCCUCUCCGGCGUGUCGUGCUCGAUUUCGGCCGCGUGUCCUUUAUCGACGCCACUGGCGUCUUUUCAGUCACCGAGCUGAAGAUGGAACUGCGGAGGUACAUCGGGCGGGAGCUGGAGUUUCGAUUCGUCGGCAUGACGGGGCCCGUCAGGGAACGAUUUGACCGGUCAGGGUGGGAAUUCGCCUCUCCCGGGGAGCAGCAGCAGCAGCAGCGCGCCGGGACCGCCGACGCCGUUUACUCGUCUGUCGAGACGGCCUUGUGGCAUCUGGGCAAGUCUGCCGACGGGGACGAGGCGUUGGCGGAGAAGACGGCGGAUCCGUGA